AUGAAGUACCAUACACUGAGCUCAGUUGUAUGUUUGCUGAUCAGCUUGGUUGUUGUUCAAGCUAGAGGUCUAUAUUGGGAAAAUGUUGAAAUAGUGAAGGCAAUUGACGUGUCCAAAUCGUACGUAAAUGAGGCUGCCGAAAUCACCAUUAGAAACACUGGCGAGGAACCUGAUGACCUUUAUUUGGUUGCAUUUACAAGUGAGGUAGCUGAUUCAUUAUCAAUGUUCUCGUCAAUGUUAAAGGGCAAGAAUGUUUUCAUCGAAUGUGCUUUGACCAACAAGUUUAAGCACCUACCUAACGGACAAAAGGUCCAGUACGGAUCUGUGAGACUACCAACUCCAGUGCAACCUGGCGAACAAAUUGAGCUAGUUAUUCGCUACUCUCACAAGGCUAACUUUUCCCCAGUCCCUAAACACAUUGAAAUGAGUGACACACAAACCUUAGUUCUAGAAACCGAAACUCUUCCAUUUUCUCCAUAUCUUACCGAUAAAUUCACCGUGAGUAUCAUUGGAAGUGACUCAAUUGAGAAAUACAAAGAUGCUGCUAGCAAAGAUCAGCAAAAUUCUAACGCCUUUACCAUUACUGAAGAGAACGUAACUGAACCAUUUACUCUUUCCAGAUCUCAAUUCUUGUACACCCACAAUGCUCCAUUGACUAGAGCAGUGCAUUUAAACAGAGAAGCCUGGAUUUCUCAUUGGGGUUCCACAGUUGAAUUCAAGGAAGACUAUGAAUUAGUGAACGAUGCAGCAGAGUUAUCUUCUGGAUUUUCAAGAGCAGAAUUCAUGAAGUCUGGCUUAGCUAAAAAGCCUUCUCACGCUUUAGUUGCUCUUGAUAUCCCAUUACCAGAAAACUCUCACUCUCACUACUAUACAGAUUUGGUGGGUAUGAUUUCCACUGCCAGAGUGUUCUCAAACCAUUACAUAUUAAAACCAAGAUACCCAAUCUUUGGUGGAUGGAAGUUCAACUUUACUAUCGGCUGGACAAACUCGUUAACAGAUUACUUGAAAGUCUUAUCGAAUGAUGAGUACAUUAUUUCUAUUCCAGUUUUGGAAGGUCCUCAAGAUAUUUUCUAUGAUGCUGUAACCUUGUCAGUGUAUCUACCUGAGGGAGCUGUGGUCAAAGAUAUUCAAACCCCAAUGGUAAACUCGGACACGCAAACUACAUACGAACAUUCUUACUUCGAUUUGGGAUCAGGACAUACAAAGGUGGCCAUUACCUUAAAAAACUUGAAUGACCAAAUGAGAGAUGGCCCAGUAUUCUUGAAAUAUCACUAUAGUCAAGCUGAUUUAUUAAGAAAGCCUGCUUCCAUUGCAAUCUACGUGUUUAUUGCCUUGUUCAGUUUGUUCUUGAUCAAGAAAAUACAACUAGUAAUUUACGCUUAG